CAUAGGAGCGGUCAGUAACAAGCAGUAACAAGAAAGAUGACCAAUAGUGAAUCCUCAACAGCCCCCAAUGUCAGUCGUCAGUGUCGAGCUUGUAAUAAAUGGCAAUCUUGAGUUAUGCGAUAUAUUGAAAGAUUAAGAAAGAUUAAUGCUUAUUAAAAAGACUGUAGAAAGUUGAAAACACAUUGAAUAAUUGAUAGAUAACGUCGUUCCACGUCAGGUUUCUUAAAGACAUAAUUUUCGACAGGUUUCAAAUAAAUUAUUUAUAACCGCAAAAUACGUCAGUAUCGUUCUACGUAUAAAUGAAAUGCUAAAAGGGAAAUCUGUCCUAUAAGUGCUAAGAAACUGCGUACAUUAAUUCGGCUACAUAUUGAAUGGUUUUCGUCUUCUAAGAAAUCAUGCCUCUGUUCGGAAAAUCUCAAAAGAGUCCGGCGGAGGUUGUAAAGGCUCUAAAAGAGGCUGUGAAUGCUUUGGAACGUGGUGAUAAGAAAGUAGAGAAGGCUCAAGAGGAUGUCAGCAAAAAUUUGGUGCAUAUUAAAAACAUGCUGUAUGGGACCGCUGAAGCAGAGCCGCAAGCCGACAUUGUUGUAGCUCAGCUAGCUCAAGAGUUGUACAACAGCAAUCUGCUAUUGCUCUUGGUCCAGAAUCUUAGUCGGAUAGAUUUCGAGGGAAAGAAAGAUGUGGCUCAGGUAUUCAACAAUAUACUACGGAGGCAAAUUGGCACACGAUCGCCAACAGUCGAAUACAUUUGCACAAAGCCAGAGAUAUUAUUCACUCUUAUGUCUGGCUAUGAGCAUCAAGACAUUGCAUUAAAUUGUGGAACAAUGCUGAGGGAAUGCGCUCGAUACGAGGCAUUGGCUAAAAUAAUGAUUUAUUCUGAUGAUUUUUAUAAUUUCUUUCGAUAUGUCGAAGUUUCGACAUUCGAUAUUGCAUCAGAUGCCUUUUCUACAUUUAAGGAAUUGUUAACAAGACAUAAAAUACUUAGCGCUGAAUUUUUAGAAGUGAAUUACGACAAAGUCUUCUCACAUUAUCAAAGGUUAUUAAAUUCUGAAAACUACGUAACACGUCGGCAGAGUUUAAAAUUACUGGGAGAACUCCUUCUGGAUAGACAUAAUUUCACGGUUAUGACUCGGUACAUUUCAAACCCUGAUAAUUUAAAGCUGAUGAUGAAUAUGCUUAAGGAAAAGUCACGUAACAUACAAUUUGAGGCUUUUCACGUUUUCAAGGUUUUUGUUGCCAAUCCAAAUAAGCCCAAACCAAUUCUGGAUAUCCUGCUUCGCAAUCAAGAAAAAUUAAUUGAAUUUCUCACACGUUUUCACACGGAUCGUUCAGAAGACGAGCAGUUUAAUGAUGAAAAGGCUUAUCUAAUAAAGCAGAUCAAAGAGCUUAAGUCUGUGCAUGACAAUUAAGUUGGAAUCAUUUUAUAAUAUUAUUUUUGAGUAGUUAUGUAAAUAAAAUUUACAUUCACAAUUUAUUAUUGUAAUAUACAGACUUCAGAGACCAUUAUAUACUGUGCUCCUAAUUCUAUUAAUAAAUUCAUUUUCGAGAU